ACCAUACUUAUCCCACCUGUUUCAGCCUCUCAACUCCUCCUCCUUCACCUUUGCAAAUGGCUUUGCUGAGCCAGCAGUUGCAGAGAUUCUUUCUCACGACACUCAACUGUACAUCCAACUUGAAGGCCACCAAGAAGAACAACAGUGUUGCCCUCAAGGAGAGGGCAAGAUGCUGCUCAGCCAUAGCCAUUGAUGCCCCUUCUUUUUCGGGUGUGGCGGGAAUCAGGUGGGGUUUGUGCCGCCUCCAAGGGCCCAGAGAGGAGAUGGAGGACGAGGCUGUUGUUCGGUCUGAUGGCCUUGAUGGAUUCUCCUUUGCCGCGGUUUUUGACGGUCAUGCCGGCUUCUCUUCUGUCAAGUUCCUCAGGGAUGAAUUGUACAAAGACUGUGUUGCAGCUCUGCAAGGCGGGUUGCUCCUGAGUGGGAAAAAUUUCAACAUAAUUCGAGAGGCUUUGGAGAAGGCUUUUGAAAGUGCUGAUGCAAAAUUAUUGAAUUGGCUUGAGACGACUGGGGAGGAUGUCGAGUCUGGUUCAACAGCCACUGUGUUGUUGAUUGGAGACGAUACGGUGUUCAUCUCACAUGUUGGUGACUCAUGUGUGGUUCUCUCUCGCUCUGGAAAAGCAGAAGAAUUGACCAAUCCUCAUAGGCCUUAUGGAAGCAACAAAAGUUCGCUUGAAGAAAUCAGAAGAAUCAGAGAAGCAGGUGGAUGGAUUGUCAAUGGAAGGAUUUGCGGAGACAUUGCUGUGUCCCGCUCUUUUGGUGACAUGAGGUUCAAGACAAAGAAGAACGAGAUGCUGGAGAAGGGAUUGGAGGAAGGGAGAUGGUCCCAAAAAUUUGUUUCUCGUGUACAAUUCACUGGAGACUUGGUCGUUGCAUCUCCUGAUGUUUUCCAAGUAGCUCUUGGAUCAGAUGCAGAAUUUUUACUGUUAGCAUCUGAUGGCUUAUGGGAUUAUAUGAACAGCUCAGAAGCGAUAACCUUUGUUAGGAAUGAACUUCGACAACAUGGAGAUGUUCAGGUAGCUUCUGAAGCACUUGCACGUGCAGCACUGGACCGACGCACACAAGAUAAUGUCAGCAUCAUCAUUGCAGAUUUAGGGCGGACAGAUUGGCAAAGUUUGCCACUGCAGCAACAAAAUUUAUUUCUCGAAUUGGUGCAAGCUCUUGCUACCAUUGGCAUGGUGACGCUUGGGAUUUGGAUGUCAUCUCAGUUUAGUUUAUGAAGCCGACGUCUCCUGUUGAUGUAUAUAAAAUCAACACACAUCCUCUUCAACUUUGUGUCUAUAAGUAGUAACCUGUAACUGUACAUGUCUCACACUUUUAUUGUUACUCCAUAUGAUAUUUUUAUAGUGAUUUAGUUUCAGUUAACUUUUGUUUUUC